AUGAUCGACCACGUCCUCGGCCGGCCCUCGACCAAGUCGCGCCGCCUGCAGGUCCUCGCCGUCUUGUCCUUCUGGUCGUUUUACCUCUACAAAGGCGAUAAGCAUGGACCCCCCGGGCCCCGGCUGCUCUCGCGCAUCCUCUCCAAGCGCCUCACGCCAUGGCAGGCCUGCCUCGCGACCCUCAUGUACCUCUACGCCGCUCGCAACUUCAGCGCCCUCGUCGGCCUCACCAGCCCCGAGCCCCUGGCCAACAUGUACGACGCCACCUACUUCAGGGCCACCUGGGUCCUGACGGCCCUCGACGCCGGCUUCUGGACCGCCAUGAAGAUCCGCACAAAGUGGCUGCGCGACCUCGCCAGCAUCACCUUCUCCCUCUUCUACCUCGUCGCCGCCGAGAGGGCCGACGAGAAGGUGCGCAAGGUCAGGUGCGCCAUAACCGUCGAGCACAUGCGCGUCUCGUGGAACAAGGGCACCACGCCCUACCUCGGCUCCAUCCAGCGCCUCCUGCGCCCGCGCUUCACCCGCUGGCCCCCGCGCCAGAUCCGCAUCCCCCGUCCCGCCGACAGCGACUACAAGGAGCCCGUCGCCGCCUGGCUCUACUAUGACGGGCCCGUCGCCGACCUCGAGCACCACAGCCGCGUCAUCGUCGACGUCCCCGGCGGCGGCUUCGUGGCCAUGGACCCCCGCUGCAACGAUGACAAGCUCUUUGCUUGGGCCUCCAAGUCGGGCCUGCCCAUCCUCAGCCUCGACUACAAAAAGGCCCCCGAGUUCCCGUAUCCAUACGCCCUCAACGAGUGCUUCGACGUCUACGCCACCAUCAUCGGCACCCAGGGCCGCUGCCUCGGCAUGUCGGGUCGCGAGAUGCCCCGCGUCAUCAUUGCCGGCGACAGCGCGGGCGGCAACCUCGCCGUGGCCGCGACCCUGAUGAUCCUCGAGACGAGCAGCGCGCCCUUUCGCCGAUCAUCUGGUCGAGCCGGCCUGCCCGCUCCCGACGGCCUCGUCUGCUUCUACCCGGCCCUUGACAUGAACAUUGGCAACUGGAUGUCGGACGAGCAAAUGUCCCUCAUCCAGGACCGCAAGAUGCGAAAGACGAACCGCUCGAUUGUGCACCGCAAGAGCAUGCAGUACAAUCAGCUGGUCGGGACGCCCCACCACUCCGACGACGACGACGAUAGCCCGUCGGCCGAGGUGCCGCCCAGCAAGAGCCCCAACGAGUGCCAGCCCGAGUACUCGCACUCGGGACCGCAGAAGCUCGGCUCUUCGGAGCCGUCGGCGGCAAGGGGCACGGCCGGCAUGUCGCAUCACGCGGAGCCCAUGAAGACGCGGCUGGCGACGUCGUCAAUGAUUUCGUACACCAACGACAGGGUGUUGACACCCGAGAUGAUGCGCGCCAUGAUCAUCCUUUAUAUUGGCGCCCAUAACCGACCCGACUUUUCAAAAGACUAUUUGCUGAGUCCCGUGCUGGCGCCCGACUCGCUGCUUGCCAAGUUUCCCAAGACGUACUUUAUGACGGGAGAGCGCGAUCCGUUGGUGGACGAUACGGUGGUUUUCGCUGGGAGGCUGAGGCGGGCCAAGGAGGCGGCCGCGAGAGAAAGGCUCGGUGCCGACGGUGGGGUAGACGAGUCGGAUGCUGCCGAGCUGCUACUGCUGCCCGGCAUAUCACACGGGUUCAUGCAGUUUCCGGGCAUCUACCCGCCGGCAUGGAAGCACUUUGACCGCAGCGCCGUCUGGUUCGAGCACCUCUUCGCCGAAGCCGACAACGCACGCAACCGACGCCUCAAGCCGGACUCUGCAGCGGCGGGCGGGCGGGCCAACGGACAGGCGCGACAGCACCAGAUGGGUGAGUCGAGCGGCGAGGAGGACAAACCACUGGAGAUGAGCAUGACGCGGGCGACGCGCGGGCGCAGCUCGACGCAGUCACAGCAGGGCAGCAAGGGAGACGGGCCGGAGCCCGGGCCGGGACUGCGGCCGGGUGGCGAGGGGGAGCGCAACGGCAAGAAGAACGGCAAGAGGGUGCUGAGCAAGAACAAGAGCUUGGUGAAGCUGAAGAGUACAGACGAUUUGCUGGGCCGCAGAAUGCAGGGGCUGGCGAGUGGACUGACGGGGCAGGGCGAGGAGGACUAG